AUGUUCAUUGAUGCAACGCAAGCAGAAUUAAUCAAUCGUCAAAUCAUGUGUAAUCCACAUUGGGCUUCCGUAAUUUUGAAAGAAGGUGGUAAGGUGUGUCAACGAUGUUAUGAAUCUUUAUCAAAUGUCUUAGAUGAUUCAUUCGAUUUGGAAGCUAUGGAUAUAGCAUUUGAAGAUGAAAUGGAGAAAAUUGAUUCACCAUAUCGUGAAGAAAGUAUUUUUGCAAAACAAUCAGCAAAAGAAGAACUCAAUGCUGUUUUUCAGUUACUUAAUAUGGAAAAAAUACGUGAUGAUCGUCGAUUCAAGAAGAUCCGAGAACAAAUCGACAAUGUCUAUCGACAUCUUAAGCAUUUAUGCGACGUAUUAGAACAGAAUGAUGAUAAUGAAGUUCACGAUCUGAAUCCUGAUUCAAUUCGCAUCGAUGAAUCAAAUGAACUUUUACAUGUCAUGAAGGAGCUUUUCAAGCAAAGUACAUACGAAGAACAAGUUCGUUUAAUGAUGAUCGCACCAGAGAGCUGGGGACGUACUGCAUUAUCGCAAUGGUUUGGAGCACGUGAUCAUCAAGCUCGACAAUCUAUUUUACUUCGUCUAGAUAAAGGUGUUUUGGCGUUUCCGGAAUAUACUCGUGGAAAUAAGUUCCUCGAUGAUGACACAAUUCAAUCUGUGGUACAAUUUUAUUUACAAGAUGAUGUAAGUCGUGCUUCAUCUAAUACCAAGGAUGUACUCAAGAUAAAGAAUCAACUUGUACCUGUUCGAUUCAUGGCAAUGCCGAUCCGAGAAGGCUUGAGAAAAUUUUAUAGCGAUCAUCCAACAGCCAGAGUUGGAAAAUCAUGUUUUUAUUCUCUGAAACCUCGUCAAGUCAAAAUAUCUUGCCCUCAUGAAACGUGCAUGUGUCAAACACAUGAGAACAUGAGUCUUCUAUUGCAGGCGUUUAACAAUUACCUCAAAACGAAGCCACUUGCGAGCGCACAAUUUACGAAAAUUACUGUAUCCGAUUUGAUUGACUUGGUAGUUUGUAAUACACCUAUCGAAGAUUGUUUCUUAGGCGAUUGUGCACAGUGUAACAGCAUAACUCCUUCAUCAAUUCUUGGACAUCAAUUGGAUACUAGUGAUGAAGAUGACAAAUGUUCGCGGUCCGUAUGGAAACCAAUAGAUAAAAAAGUUGAUUUACAUCAAAUACGUGGAACAAUUACAUCUCUAUUUUAUGAAAUUGAUGAAAAUUGGUCCGCAUUUUUAUAA